UCGUGUGUGGCAAAAAGGGCGAAAGGAUCAGAGGAGUUACCGUGACGCAAUUUCAUUCUCUCUCUAAAGUGUUUGUCGUCUCUCUCUCUCUCUCUCUCUCUCUCUCUAGAAUUUUCUAUCGUCCCGUUUUCGCAAAUUAGGGUUUUGCCGAUUCUCUUCCACUUCGAAAUCAAAUCCAUCGGUUCCACCAUGGUUUCCGAUUCAAUCGCCGCCGCUCCGAUUCCCUCCGCCGCCAACACCAAGAACCCUGGCAAGAAGAAGAGGACCAAUAGGUCUGCGAAAUUGAAGCAGUAUAAGAUUGAUGCGCGUCGCGAGCAAUGGCUUAAUCAAGGUGCGGUUAAGAGCAAGGGGUGCAAGGAUGGGGUGGAUGAUGAUGGCCAUGCGCUGCCAUCGCCGGCUGCGGGGAAGCAGGGUAAGGGCUCGUUGCAGCAGCUUGAGAUGAGGCGAGAAGGUGAUGAGGAUGAUGGGUUGAUUCAUCAAGAUAGUGAUUCGGAGUCGCCGUCUAACAGUCCCACUAGUCCUGACUUGUGUGGUAAUGAUUCUGGGACGAGCUUCACUGGGGGUAGCAGUGGGGGAGGUAGCAGCAGCAGCAGUAUCAGUUCCAGCAGUGCCGGGUGCUUCUCUGGGUAUAUCACUGAAGUGGACGAAGAAGUAGAGGAGGAGGAGGGCGAUGAUGAAGGCUUGGAUGAUUGGGAGGCUGUUGCAGAUGCUUUGGCCGCCGAUGACAAGAAUCAAUGCCCUUGUUCUGAUUUGCCCCCUUCCCAUGAUGAGCAUGUUGGGCAAACUGUUCCGCCUCGUGCAGCGGCUAAUGGGUCGGAUUCCAAUUCUAAACCUGCGAGUGGUAGAUUGGUUCCUUGGGGCUCUGGAAAUGUCCGAGCUUGGAGGGCUGAUGAUGCUUUUCGCCCUCAGAGUUUGCCCAAUCUUUCUAAGCAGCACAGUAUGCCGAACCCUGAUCGGUACUGUGGAGGGGUUCCCUGGUCUCCCAAUUCUGCACCAUCCUCUUGUCCCAUAUGCUUUGAGGAUCUUGAUUUAACUGACACGAGUUUUUUGCCAUGCCUGUGUGGGUUUCGGCUUUGCCUCUUCUGCCACAAGAGGAUUCUCGAGGAUGAUGGUCGGUGUCCUGGGUGCAGGAAGCCGUAUGAGCGUGAACCUGUUGAGACAGAGGCAAGUGUGGUUGGUGGUAGCUUGACUCUUCGGUUGGCUCGCUCAUGUAGCAUGAUUGAAAGGGCUUGAGUGGUUCUAUGUUUUUCAUGAGCUGUGUUUGCCGCGGUCUCUUCUUUUUUGCUUUAUCGCACGUUUGUACUUUAGCUCGAAAUAUCUAAUUUUCAUAGUUCUAGUUGGUGUAGGGUUAUGAUGGGUUCUUUGAGCACCGCGAAAUCAAGUUGUUUCUCAUUUGAUCUUAUGGUGCAUGUGUUACAUGUAGUAUACUCUUGUUGGUAUGUGAAUACAUAAGGUGGUAUAGAAAUUCAAUACAUUGGAUAUGGUUUCAUCAUAUAAUUUCCUUUAUGCUUCAA